UUGAGCAGCCGUUAUCGAGUACGCAUGCACUGAGACGGAACGCAAAGGUGAGUGGCCUCACAGCUGUCGGUGAAUCACGCGCUAUUCUAUUGAAUUCAAACCAAUGCGAUGCGCGAGCUUCGUUCGCUGAUAUUGUGCGUUCUGAAGGAUUAAGUAACGUAAAUAUGGAUUCCAACUGGACUAUUGUUCAAAAGAAAAAUAAAAAUAGAAACAGAUUUAUUGGUCAAAAAGGAAAAGCUUUAACUAAUGCGGAGAGUAAAUUCAAGGCCGCCGAAGUAAAAAUUCCUUUAUUUAUAAAUAAUGUUGAUAAGGCUACCUCGCUUUUAGACAUAUCAAACUAUAUUAAGGAUAAAACGCAAGUGGAUGUAAACAUUGAAGCAAUAAAAAUGAAACAGGAAAAGGAAUAUAAUGCUUAUAAAGUAUUUGUGCCUAGGCACAAACUGGAGCUAUUUUUGGAUAAUACUCUAUGGCCCGAAGGUAUUUCUUUUCGUCGUUUUGUACACUUCAGACGCAGACUGCAUGAUACAGAUAAGUUAUAUAAUAAGAACCAAAAUGGCCAACAAUAGUGCACCAAGACUACAAUGUAAAUUUAUUACUUUUAACUGUAAGUCGGCUAUACGUUCUGUGGAUUAUAUUAGGCAAUUAUGCCAACAGGCCGACAUACUAGCUCUGCAGGAAACGUGGCUAUUUCCGCAUGACUUGCAGUUCCUGGGGAGUAUAAACCGCGACUACGGGUUUACGGGAACGUCGGCUGUAGAUACCUCGGCUGGUAUCAUAAGAGGAAGGCCUCACGGCGGAGUGGGGUUAUUGUGGCGUAAAAGUGCGUUUAAGGCAGUGUCUGUAAUUCAGUGCAAUAGUGUGCGGCUAGCCGCAAUAAGUGUUCAGGUGUAUGACAGGUCAUUUCUAGUUUUUUCAGUGUAUAUGCCCGUUGAUAACAGUGAGAACUUACCUGACUUUACAGAGUGCUUAAGUGAAAUAAGUGCUAUUAUUGACAGUACAAAUAUCGCCUCUGUUUUUAUUUUAGGAGACUUUAAUGCACACCCACACACACUGUUUGGUAGGGAAUUAUUGAAAUUUUGUCAAGAUCAAAAAUGGUUGUGCGCUGAUAUUUUAAAAUUAGGUAUUAUGUCUGACACGUUCACAUUUGUUAGUGACGCACACGGAACUACACGUUGGCUCGAUCAUUGCGUUGUGACCGAGGCCGCUUGGCGUUCUGUUUCUGAUGUUAAUGUUCAUUACAAUUCCACAUGGUCUGAUCAUCUACCUCUUGAGAUUAAUUGUAACAUUAAUGUACUGCAACCUGUAUCUAGUGUUAAUUUAUCCAGCCUAAGCAAGGUGUUGUGGGGUGAUCGUAAUUGUAGCCAAAUAAAUCAUUACCACAGCCUAUGUCAAUCGCACUUUAAGAAUGUUAAUUUGCCAAUUGAAUUGAGUGACUGUCAUGAUAAAAUGUGUAAAGAUAUACAACACACGAUAAUUAUAGAUAAAAUGUAUUCUAAUAUUAUAAGUAUUAUGUCAGAAGCCGCGGUGGCCAGUCAUAUCUGUACGUCUGGUCAUCGUCAUCAUAGGAAGCGAGUGGUUGGCUGGAACAAACAUGUGCAUCCUCUGCAUCAAAAAGCCCGUUCUUUCUUUAAGGAAUGGUUGAUCUGUGGCCGGCCUAAUACCGGGCCUAUCUACAAUAACAUGGUUGAAUCACGUAAAGAGUUUAAGAAAAAACUGAAAUGGUGCCAAAAUAACGAGCAAAUGAUGAAAAUGGAUGUUCUGGCCUCACUACACGCUAAAAGGGAUUUCAAAAAUUUCUGGAAGCAAACUAACAAGUUGAACCAUAGAGCAGGAAUUCCUCUCAGUGUCGGUGACGCUACUGACGCCAUGAGCAUAGCUAACUUGUUUAGGGAUCAUUUUAGAGUUGAACCGUUAAGCCAGCGGCGGCAGGUGUCCAGCACUGAGAACCAUCCGUCUGUUUGUAAUCCGGUCCAAAUCACGGCGAUAGAAGUGGCGUCGGUAAUUAAAAACAUGGUAAGAGGUAAAUCCCCUGGAUAUGACGGUCUCAGUGUUGAGCAUCUGGUCAAUGCUGGCUCUCAUUUACCGCGAAUUUUAGCUAUGUUUUUCACACUAUGCAUUAGACACUCAUAUUUGCCGAAAGAUUGUAUUAAAACUGUGGUCGUGCCGAUACUUAAAAAUAAAACAGGCGACUCUUCGGAUAAGUCGAACUAUAGACCCAUCUCGUUGGCCACGAUAUUGGCGAAAGUGUUGGACGGUUUGCUGGACAGAUAUUUAUGCAAGCACCUAAAGUUGGACGAGGCACAGUUUGGCUUUAGAGCCGGUUCGUCUACCGAAACUGCUGUUUUUUGUCUAAAGCAAACGGUCCAAUAUUACACAAAGAGGAAAACCCCCGUAUAUGCCUGUUUUCUGGACCUAUCAAAGGCCUUCGAGAUGGUGUCGUAUGAUCUCCUUUGGCAGAAGUUAAGGAAUAAAACGGAGCUUCCAGAGGAGUUAAUUGGUCUUUUUGAGUAUUGGUAUGGCCACCAGAUUAAUGCGGUGAGGUGGAAUAACGUGUUCUCUGAACCGUAUGGGUUGGAGUGCGGAGUGAGACAGGGGGGGUUGACGUCUCCUCGGCUCUUUAACCUUUAUGUGGAUGAGCUGAUUGGGGGGCUCAAUAGAACUGGUGUCGGCUGCUCGAUUGACGGUAAAUUUGUCAACAAUUUAAGUUACGCGGACGACAUGGUUUUGUUGGCUCCCUCAAUCAGUGCGUUACGGAAACUUUUAGAAAAGUGUGAAGAAUUUGCCGUGGCCCACGGGCUCAGAUAUAAUGUUAAGAAGAGUAACCUUUUAGUGUUUCAAUCUCGUGGUUUUAGAGUUGACACAGUACCGCCGGUGUUUCUCGACCAUACACCAUUACAGAGGGUCUCUCAAUACAAGUAUCUGGGCCACUGGGUCACGGAUGAACUCGUGGAUGACGCCGACAUUGAGAGGGAGAGGAGGGCGUUGGCCGUCAGGGGUAACAUGCUGGCCCGUAGGUUUGCACGCUGCUCUCGCGAAGUAAAGGUGAGUCUUUUUAAAGCAUUUUGCCAAUCCUUUUACACGUGCAGCCUAUGGGUUAGUUACACCCAGAGGGCGAUCAAUACCCUCCGGGUUCAGUAUAAUAAUAUGUUUAGGAUGUUGCUGGGGUUGCCGAGAUACUGCAGUGCGUCAGGAAUGUUUGCGGAGGCGCGCACUGACGGAUUCCACGCAAUCAUGCGAAAAAGAGCAGCAUCCAUGAUGCGCCGUGUCCGGCAAUCGUCCAGCAGCAUCCUAGCUGUCUUCGUGGACAGAUGGGACAGCAAUGUCUUGAGACAUUGGGUCAAAAUCCAUGUCUCAAGCAGGUUGUAAAAGGAAAUAAGAUUGUUUUUAAUAUUAAAUAGAAUUAUAAUACUAACAUAGUUUUUAAGGCAAUUUUACUAACAAAUAUAUGGAUAUUAAAUUAAUCUGAAAUAAAUGA